GAAAAAACUUGGGGUGAAGAAGAAGUAAUUCUCUAUGGUUGAUAUUUCCUGUCGUGCAAAGCGCUCGCUCUUUCUCUUCCGGUUGUGUCUCCGUACGUGUGGAAGCACCGCUGAACCAAAAUGGCAAAGUCGAAGAACCACACCACCCACAACCAAUCACGCAAAGCCCACAGAAAUGGAAUCAAGAAACCACGGUCCGACCGCUACGAGUCCCUGAAGGGAGUUGACCCCAAAUUCUUGAGGAACAUGCGCUUUGCCAAGAAGCACAACAAGAAGGGGCUGAAGAAGGCGAUGGCAGCAAAGGCGGUGGCAGCAAAGGCGGUGGCAGCACAGGCGGCUCCCAAAUAAACAGUGGCAGCCGUUGGAAUGUCACAGAAGUACCACCUCUGUCACCAUACUGCAUAUGGACUUUAUCAACUCACGCAAGUUUCGUACUUGAAUAAAGCCAUGACUUGUUGAAUGGAACCUGGGAUUGUUUUUUCAAGUUUGUAAAUCACAGGGCUGUUUUGGUAACUUUGGUCAUAAAAUAUGCAUUUUACACCCUU